GAUAUAUCUAUUUCACCACUCUUGUGUCAUAUGAAUGCCCUUGUUAUUGACGGUGACUAACAGUAGGAAAGAAACGACGUCUAUGGUUGUUAGGUUGUUGAAGUGUAUGAAGUCUGGUUCAGCGAGUGUUCGUGUUCAGGACUUGUGUAGCGGCUGACUACGCCUACUUGCUGUCUACAAACAAGAGUUAAGUUUUAUUCAGGUCAUAAUGAGUCUGUACCCGUCAUUGGAGGAUAUGAAGGUGGACCAGAUGGGAAGAGCUCAGGCCCAGCUGGUAAAUGAGAUGAUUGCUUCACAAGGUGGGAGUGCUGCCUCUGCCCCUCCUGUGUCUGAUGCUCACCAUGCCCCACCCCCUUACCCUCUCCAUCCUCCACAGGCACAGGCUAAGUCUGGCCUAGCUCUCCUGUAUCCUGCUCUUGAUGAUUAUAUGGGACUAGAAUUUACAGAUGAUGUUAUUGCUGCCAACAUGCCAGAGUACCUGCCCGUUGCUGCAAGACAAUCUAAUGCAGUGAGUGUUGCUCCAGCUUCUGGCUUGUCAUCAGUGAUGCCAUCUGGCGUUGUGGCACCUCUCUCCGGGUCUUCUGUGGGUCUGUAUCGAGCCCAGGUCACUAACGCCAUCAGGGAGGUAACACUCUGCAAAGAUGCUGAUGGCAAAGUUGGUAUGCGUGUGAAGGCUAUCAACAAGGGAGUGUUUGUAUGUCUUGUUAAGAAGAACUCACCAGCAGCACUUGCUGGGCUCCGUUUUGGUGACCAGAUCCUACAAAUCAAUGGAGUAACAGUGGCUGGAUUCUCCAUGGAGAAGGUUCAUGACAUUCUCCGAAAGUGUUCAUCAAAUGGUAUCUCCCUAGCAAUUAGAGACAGGCCAUUUGAACGAACGAUAACUCUUCACAAGGAUAGCACAGGCCACAUUGGAUUCCAGUUCCGUGAUGGUGAAGUGACUGCUUUAGUUAAGGACUCUUCAGCUGCACGAAAUGGGCUCCUCAUAGACCACUAUCUGCUUGAAGUUAAUGGUCAAAAUGUAGUUGGUGUGAAGGACAAGGAAAUCUCGGCCAUCAUCAAUGAGUGUGGCCAGGUGGUCACUGUCACCAUAAUGCCGUCCUUUGUAUACAAACACAUGAUGAAGCAAAUGGCGAGCUCUCUUGUUAAGUUUAUGGAUCAUUCAAUCCCAGAUCUGUAAAGCUACAUAACCUUUUGCUAAAAUAUAAAUUAAAAAUGUUUUGUUGGACAGGAGCAAAAAAAAAAAAAAAUAUGCUGGACCAAUACAUAUGAAUGUUAGUGAAAGAUACAGAAUUUCUGGGCUGAGCUAUUUUUUAUACUCUUCUGCAGUUUUUAACCACCAUAGUUGUAUAAAAAAAAAUUUUUUUUUUUUUUAGUUUAGAUAUUUUGGUUUAGUACCUGUAAUGUAUUUACAUAUUAAUUUUGUACUUUCUGGAUAUAAACACAUUUGGUGUCUGGUAUUGGUAUAGAUUGAUUAAACAAGGCUUCCUCAUAGGUUAAGAUAAAUAUUAAAUUUAGCUUUUAUUUAUACUUAAAUCAUAUUAAUCUUAGCACUUAAGGAUAUAUGUAAAACAUUUGUGCCAGUCUUCAGUGCAUUUUUUUUUUAUCAAUACCAUUUAAAUCAGGAUAACCCAUACAACAUCCUUCCAAUACUUGUCACAACAUCACAUACUUUGCUUAAAAGACUUUCAGAGCUCUUAGUUGACAUUGCUAACUUGUUUGAAGCUAAUGUUUGGAUGUUUCUCUUCCAAAAUCUAAAUUCUGAUGCAGCAGUUGAACCACCCUAGACAUUUCUAAGAAUUUUGAUUGUUAAACUCUACGAGGCUCAACUUAAGGAUACCUUGUUAAUACAGUCAACUUGCUCCCAGUGACAUUGACUAUUCUUCAGUAAGAUACAUGUAUGUACUAGAGAAAUUUUGUGUGCAGGAUGAAUAUAACAUUAAUUCAUGCACAAAAUAAGUGUACAAGUUUAUGGUGCAUUAUGCUUAUAUUUUUAUCAUAGCUUAAACACUAUUGCAUGAUAGUUAUUGUCAGUUUCAGUAAAUCAUGUGUUUAUUAUAAUAUGAGAAUUUACAAUAUACAAACUCCAUAAAUCGUAAUUAGAGUGUAUAGUGACUACUUGUAUUCUAUUCAUAUAUAUACUCAUUAAGAAGUGCCAUAAAUUGAAUGCCUAGGUAAAUUAGCUUGAAGUUGUGGUUUUUAAUUGAGUUCAACUUAUGACUUUUGGCAAAAAUGUAUUUACACAAAUGACUGCUUUGAAUACUGAGCAAUGGUGCAUGUCUUAAGAAAUUAGUUAUAUCACAAGAUUUUAUCAGUAGUUCAUGCAUUAUAUACCGAUUUUUUUUUUUAAAUUGGUAUACAAAGAUUAUAAUAAAAAGGAACCGCUAAACCUACGAGGGUCAUAGUGGUAUAUAAGGACAUAUGUAUAAUUUAUUUUAUCCAAUGACAGCCAUUGGCAAUUUUUUUUUCUUUUUAAUGUUUAGCAUUUUGCUCAGUGUUAAGCAUAAUGAACAUGGUCACAAAAUUUUAAGUAGCCAGCAAUGUAUCUGAUUAAGGAUUUGGAAGCUGUUAUUGUAAAUUAAUGUUUAAAUAUUUUGUCAGUCAUGUGGGUUACAAAUGUACUGAAAUAGGUAUCUUAUAAGAUUACUUAAAUGGCAAUGCUAUCAUUGUUGUGAAAUGUGUGAGUGGACUUGCAGUUGCACACUUUUCUAAGACACUUGUUUAGCCAUAGAAUGAUGCACACUAAGUAGUCUGAUGUUUUAACAGUUAUUGUAUUCAUGGGGGAGAAGCACUAAGCCCAUAAGGAUCUUAAGAGCCCUGGAGGAAUGGGAAAUAAUUAGGUUUGAUCCAAGGAAAGGUAGAAUAGAUCUAAUUCCUAAGAUCAAGAUCCUCUCACCACCAUGAAAAUGCUUCCCUUGAGCAGUUAACAAAUAAAAAUGGAUUGCAGUUUUGCGAGAACAGAGUACACUGUUCAGAGUAAUCAUUUAUAACUAAGGCAUUAUCAGUUCCAUUUCUCCAGUUAGUAUCCUGAUUGUGCCAUACCACAUGUUAUAACUGUUGUAAUCCCUCCUGACACUACUUCACUAAUUACAACUGUCACUGCUCCUCAUGGAAAUGUCACUAGUUAUCACCAUAUUUGGGAUGCAGUUUCUCAUCACUGCCACUAUCAUUAUUACUUAUGAAGUUUCUGAACACUCUAAUUUCAUCAUGGCUGCAGUUUGACGAGUCACUAAAUAUCACUUUCUAUCUGCAUUCUGACAAAACUUGUUAAUUAAAAUUACAUCCUAGGCACUGCACAUGAUAAUUCACUGCUGGUUCUUGUUAGUGUACUGACUUAAUUCCCAAUAUUUAACCUUGGAGUUGUCAUCCUCUGCCUUAUACAAGGCAGAAAGCUAUGAUUAGUGUGCUCAAAAGAGCCACUCAUAGUAAUUAUUCCAUCACAUGCAGAGGACGACAACUCCAAGGUUAGAUAUUGGGAGUUAAGCCAGUACACUAACAAGAACCAGCAGUGAAUUACUAUGUGCAGUGCCUAGGCAAUGAACAGUUGCUGGCAAUAGUCCAACUUGCUGAACCAGUCUCUGCCACUUUCAAACAGAGGCUCCUGCCAGGACUCAGACCUCCAUUGGUUGCUCUAACUAAUUCAACAGCAAAUUGUUGUGCUUCUAAAAAUGUAUUCUGUUAUGAAUAAAAGAUUGGCUUGUCCUUCCAUUACAGUACUUCAUGUGUAUUCUUCAUUACACAAGUUUUUCUUGAUAAACUUAUUGCAUAUUGCAAUUUUUUUUUUUUGUAAUUAGCUUUUAUGAAUGAAUGUGCAAAAAUAGGCUGUUCUACAUUUCACAGUGUAUGCAUGCUAAAUCCCUCAAAAAUAAGCAUUUGUAAUUCGGAUGCUUUCCCGAGGUAUGUGAUAACCUGGAAUAUAGAAAUAUAAUGUAUAGUCUUUAUUAUAAUAAAAAAUUUCAUUAUA